GAGGGGAAUAUCUGAUAAUCAUGAAAAUGGCUACGGGGAGGAUUCUGGCCCUACAACUGCAAAGAAGCUGUGCGAGGGCACGCUCGUCGUUUGGGCCGGCCAAUGUGGGCAACAAUCUCGCCAACCUGGACGUUUUGGGCUCUUCUCCAGUGCCUGAGAACAAUAUCGAGAUGAUCUCUAAGGACUCGAUUAUCUUCUCCAACAUGAAGGUUGUGCGAUCGCCCAACAGGCAAGGGACUCUUGUUGCUGCUCUGUUGUUGGAUAACCAGAUAUUUGAGCUCAACACAAAGUCCAUCAGCAAAAAAGGCCCAUUGGAUUUGACAACUACUGAGCUCUUUCCCUUGUUAGAGGCGCUCUACCCAAAACCCGAGCUGUUUGUGCUGGGUCUUGGGUUCAGCAACCGGAUGUUACACCCAGACACGAAAAGACGCUUUUCCGAAGCGCAGUGCUCAGCUACGAUCUUCUGGCUACGGAACGUUCUCCAAAACAGGUAG